GCACACACCGCUGGCGUGUCUUCAUUUAGUCAUCACUAAUCGAGGAAGUCACCUUUAAGCUCGACAUUCAUCAGAGUGAACCAGCUCCUGUGAACACGAUGGAGUUGAUGUUUAUCGCUGUGCUGUCGUCUCUCUCUGUGGUGAUCUCUGCAGGAGAGUCUAAUGUGAUUGGCUCACGUGAACCAGUUAAAGUAGUAGUCGGUGAUGAUGUCAUUCUGCCAUGCCACCUGGAGCCCCCAUUCAAUGUGAAGAAUCAAACGGUGGAGUGGACAUUCAAUAACAGCAUUGUGCACGUCUAUAGAAAUAGGAAGGACAAAUUAGUUGAUCAGGAUCAGAAGUUCAAAGGUAGAACAUCUCUCUUUCCUGAUGAAAUGACCAGAGGAAACAUUUCACUGAAAUUGACCAAUGUCACUGAACAGGAUGCAGGAAAUUACACCUGCUAUGUUCCCAAACUGCACAGUCAGAUCAGCAAAGGCAACGUUACCCUCAUUGUUGCUGUCACAAACAAAUCUACUUUUCCUGUGGUAUUAUUACCAUUGUUGUUGCUGCCAUCAUCGUUGCUGCCAUCAUCGUUGCUGCCAUCAUCGUUGCUGUAAAGUAAGUCACACAUUUCUCCUCUUCAUUUCCCUAUUUUAAAGUGUAACACUGUCUUCCCAGUGGUGAGCCCCAAGGUGGCCUCUGCCUUGUGUUUGGUGA